UGACAGCCCACGACGGAGCCGCGACGAAGAUUGGUGACAUUGGCGUCCUGCUCAUCCACCCAAGACGCCACAGGAAUUGGUGUCUCACCAACAGUCGAGGCUACUGCGCUGUUUGGCCGCCUUAUCCAGUCGCCGAUCCGCCAUCCGAAGUCUCGAUUGUCAUGGAGCCGCACAACCAGAGCUAAAGAGCUGCCAUGCGCGAGCGGGCGUCGCUUGACUCUUUCCAGUCCAACAAAAUCCUGCGCGGUCGGCCUGGUCAGCUGGUUCUUAUAACUACAUGACAGCUCUGAAAGAAACCCCAUGAAAUUGAACGUUCAGCCUCAAGCCCCUUAGGCCCUAUGCUCCACGAGUACAGCUUUUGCGGUGUCUACUUCAGUAGCAUCCUAGGUUGAUCACUUCCAGAUGCUGUUUUUUCAGGCAUCCUAGACGUCGAGGCAUUGAGAGGCUUCAAGCUUUCAAUGAAUCCUCUCGAUGGACACGACAGAUCCGCGCGUCGGCUCUGCACGGGACAAUUCCACCAGCCCAGGGCUUUCACGGCAGGUCGCUGGCUCUAAUUCAUCCUCUCUCAACAGCCUCCUUGCGACACUUGUUCCCGUACUUGUCUGGUCCGCUCUAUGCAUUAUCAUCUUCGUGGUGCUGCGGCGCAAGUGUCCGCGGGUCUACGCUCCCCGAGCGUUGUUGAAGAGUCUCGAGCCUCAUGAACGAAGCGCUCACCUUCCUAAUGGAUGGUUCAACUGGAUCAAGGAGUUCUACCGGGUUCCUUCAUCCUUUGUCCUGAACCAUUCGUCCCUGGAUGGGUUCCUGAUGCUCCGCUUUCUCCGAGUGCUCUCGGUCAUAUGCGUGGUGGGAAUUGCACUAUUAUGGCCCGUUCUGCUCCCACUGCAUGCUACUGGUGGUGCAGGGAACACAGAGCUUGACCGCUUGACCCUGGGAAAUGUCGUGAGCGGCAAAAGAUUGUAUGCCCACGCCCUGUUGGCGUGGGUCUACUUCCCCUUCAUUCUUUACAUGAUCUCUCGAGAAUGUGUAUACUACAUCAAUCUCCGUCAAGCCUAUCUCCUCUCGCCUUACUAUGCGAACCGUCUGUCUUCGCGGACUGUCCUGUACAUGAACGUUCCUCGGCAAUAUCUUGACGAAGAUAGGCUUAAAUGGGUCCUCGGCAAAUCUGUUCGGCGGAUAUGGAUACCACAGAAGACACCGGACUUGGAUCGGCUGAUAAAGGAGAGAGAGCAGACGGCGCUUCGCCUCGAAAAGGCAGAGUUCACUUUGAUCAAAACGGCCAAUGCUGCCAGGAGAAAGGCGCUCCAAAAGCAGCAGAUUGAGUAUGAAAGGGAGCGGUAUCAUGCGUCGCCUCGGCUUGGACCAAUCUCAGACACAACUUCGGGAAUCACAGAGCAGAGCUCACCCAACUCCAAGCCAGCCAACAUCUCCGAGGCAAUUCGCUCGCCUGCCAGCACGCUCUGUGAAACCGAAAAGCCGCUUCCCGACGUCAAUGGCUCGGUAGCUUCGCAAUGGAUCCCACAUAGCGCACGACCACACCAUCGCCCAAUCGCGAAUUAUGGCAGACGCGUCGAUACCAUCAAGUGGACUAGAACGCAAAUUGGAAAGUUGAAUUCCAAAAUCGCCCAGGUCCGUCGACAGCAAUUGUUCAAAACGCGGAAUCUGAUGCCUUCUGUAUUUGUGGAAUUUGAAACAAAUACAGAUGCGCAGAACGCCUAUCAGACCUUGACACACCAUCGGCCUCUUCAUAUGUCCCAGCGGUACCUAGGGGUAAGACCGUUUGAGAUUCUGUGGGACUCACUCUCGAUGUCAUGGUGGGAGAGCAUCAUCCGCAAGUUCCUGAUGAUGGCCCUUAUCACCGCAAUGAUUAUAUUCUGGGCUAUUCCGUCUGCCCUCGUCGGGUCGAUUUCGAAUAUUGAAUAUCUGUCGGAGAAGGUCUUUUUCUUAAAAUGGGUCGGUGACCUCCCGGGAGCGAUUAAGGGAGUAUUGAGCGGUGUCGUACCGGCGCUCGCUCUGUCCUUGCUUAUGAGUAUCGUUCCCGGUAUUCUCAGAUACUGUGCAAAACUUGCUGGUAUGCCCACCUUGACCAGAGUCGAACUGUUCACGCAACAUGCCUACUUCGCAUUCCAGGUUGUGCAAGUCUUCCUGAUCACAACCUUGACGUCUGCAGCAUCGGCUGCUGUCACGAAAUUGCUUGAAGACCCAACAACUGCAAAAGACCUCCUUUCACAAAAUCUUCCAAAAGCAUCCAACUUCUAUCUGUCAUAUUUUCUCCUCCAAAGCUUAGCGAUCGGCUCGACAGCGCUACUUCAGUUUUUCAACCUGUUUAAGUUCCAUGUUAUUCAGCGGUUUUCCAACCACCCACGGAAAAUACACACCAGAUGGCACCGUCUACAACGGAUCCAUUGGGGGACCGUUUUCCCCGUAUACAGCAAUCUAGGGGUUAUCACCAUCAGCUAUGCCUUGAUAGCUCCAGUUAUCCUUGGAUUUGCGGCCGUCGGGGCCGCAUUCCUACAUGUCGUCUACCGCUAUAACCUCACCUACGUUUACGAUUCCGAGAUUGAUACUAAAGGACUUGUCUAUCCUCGAGCCCUGAUGCACAUGCUGGUGGGUCUGUAUUUUGCAGAAGUCUGUAUGAUCGGGUUGUUCUCCCUGCGAGGCGCCUUUGUCCCUGUCGUCCUAACUGCUGCUCUCCUUGUUGUCACGGUCCUUGUGCACAUCUCGCUUCUUGAUGCCGUCGGGCCUCUCCUCUGGAGUCUUCCCAAGAGUCUGACUGUGGAGGAGGACGAACAUUUGUUGUCGAAACACCCGGAGCAGCAACACGCAAAUGCAGCUAACGACCUGGAGGAAUGCGGCUUCCCACCAGGUUUUGAUACAAGUACGGAUGAGCAUUACACAGGUGACAGCCGGGCUCUAGAGGGCGCAGAUGGAGCAAUGAAUGCUUUGGGAGGUGGCUUGAAGAAGUGGGCCAAGAAGAAGGUGAAAACAGACUAUCCUCUGCUCAUCACGACUUGGAAUUCGUUUGGAUCGUUCUGGAUGCGCUGGAUCUCCCCGAAUCCAGCCGAGAAAUCCAACUUCUUCCUCCGCUGGCUUCAUCCGGAAGUCUUUUCCGACUACACGGUUUUGCGCCGAAUGAUACCGCCUGAUCUCCCUGAUCCGGUAUAUCCAAAGGAGCUUGAGCCGGACAUUUAUUAUCCGCCCUCAUUUAUAGCAAAGCCGCCGUGUCUCUGGAUUCCUCGCGAUCCCGGUGGCAUCAGUCGACAGGAGGUAGAGCAUACUGCCAAAGUUAUUCCGGCCACAGAUGAAUAUGUGAGCAUCGACAAGAAAGGUGCCAUAACCAUCAAUCUUGAGGCCACCACCCCAGUCUUUGAUACUGAACGACUACGGUAUUGAAAAGGCGCAAGAGGAACAAGAACGGGCAUGCCGCCGACAUAUAUUGGGGCGGUAUUGAAGAGACAAGGCUUUCUGCCCAGAAACAUACUAGUGAUUGAAUGAUUAUGAAUAACAUCACGUCCUGGACAUGUAAAGGGGCAAACAGUGGCUGUUUCAAUCCCUGACCGCAAUUGUAUAUGCUGCUCGUUUGUUUGCACUCCGCCGCAUGCGACUCUCGCUGGCCUGAUACUCCGCCGUACUCGCGACAUAGCGUGCAAUGUGCGUAACCAGUUACUCGGGUUGUGUGUAGAACGCGCCGCUUCCACAUCAGGAAUGUACGCCG